UACUCAAUGCUCCUCAUCUCACACAUACUACUGCUACAGUCUUCUCCGCGUAGCAAGUGGCGGUGCUUCCGUCAUCAUCAUCAUCACCACCAGUUCGCCACCUCCUUUUCCUCUUCUCUUUCUCCUUUCCUCCCUUGGGAUCUAAUUCUACUGAAAUUCUUUUCCUUAAACAAACUAGACCUACCCACUUCUUUACUAUGGAUCUCGCGCCCGAACAGCUCCAAUUCUUGAGCAUUCCCGAUGUUCUCAAGGAAUCUAUUUCCAUUCCCAAACAAUCCCCCAAAACCUUCUACCUCAUUACCCUAACCCUAAUUUUCCCCCUUUCCUUCGCCAUCUUAGCCCACUCACUCUUCACCCACCCCAUCCUAGCUCAGCUCCAAACCGAUCCUGCUGCCUCUUCCUCCGAUUGGUCCAAGCUCCUCAUUUUCCAGUUUUUUUACCUCAUAUUCCUCUUCGCUUUCUCCCUCCUGUCCACCGCCGCCGUCGUUUUCACCGUCGCCUCUCUGUAUACAUCCAAACCCGUUUCUUUCUCCUCCACGAUCUCGGCCAUCCCCAGCGUUUUUAAGCGCCUUUUCAUCACUUUUCUAUGGGUUUCUCUGUUGAUGGUUGUAUACAACAUCGUCUUCUUGGGGUUUCUUGUCCUUCUUAUCAUUGCCGUGGACACCCAGAAUCUUGUCUUGUUUUUCUUCUCCCUGGUGGUGGUUUUCGUGUUGUUUCUGGGAGUACAUGUUUUUAUAAGCGCAUUGUGGCAUCUUGCCAGUGUUGUGUCUGUUCUUGAGCCUGUCUAUGGUUUUGCUGCUAUGAAGAAGAGCUAUGAAUUGUUGAAGGGGAAGACCCGCAUGGGUUUCUUUAUCGUUUUUGGUUACCUGGCCAUUUGCGGAGUGAUCAAUGGGCUUUUUGGUUCGAUUGUGGUGCACGGAGGGGAGGAUUAUGGAGUUUUGACGAGAAUUGUAGUCGGUGGUUUCCUCGUUGGUGUUUUGGUGAUCGUGAAUUUGGUCGGGCUGCUAGUGCAAAGUGUGUUUUACUAUGUUUGCAAGAGUUACCAUAAUCAAGGCAUUGAUAAGAGUGCGCUCUAUGAUCAUCUUGGUGGAUAUCUUGGGGAAUACGUGCCUCUUAAGAGCAGCAUUCAGAUGGAAAAUCUGGAUGUCUGAUGCUGAGUCAUGGGCAACUGCUGGUAAAUUCUUAGAAGGCAAAAAUGUAAAAUAGAGGUUUGUUUCAGUUUGAUUCUCUUGGUAUGACUUGCCAAAAUAUCUAGUUAUUCAAAAUCAUUUUGACUGUUAUGCCAUGACAUUUGAUAAUAUUGAAUUUCUCAUACUGAGUGGCUAUA